AUGGGUCCCAAAAAGACAUCUGGAUCAUCAAAGGUGGGAGGAGCAGGCAGCCAGGGCGAACGACUUGGCCAGAGCGGCACGAAAAAGGCCUUGGAGAAGAUAUUCCGGUCGCUGAGUCAGGAGGAGCGUGACGCCCUUCUUCAUGUGAGUGAGGAAGAGGGGGAACUGGAGGAGGCGGACGAGGAGACGGACGAGGAGACGGACGACGGAGCGGAAAAGCCGGCAUUUCGCACAGCGGACCUGAAGAAGUCGUGGCCUUCGAAAACGCGUCGAUUUUUAGACGAAGAUACGGAUGUGGAAGUGGACGUAGGGGGUGAAGAGGAUCCUAGGGGGGCAGCAGCGGGGGACGAGGCGGACGAGCCAGAGCUGGCAGAGGUGGUUGAGGAGGCCAAGAUGAGCGGUGGGCGACGGUCGUCUAUUUUAUCUUCUGGAGGCCGUACAAUCGACUGUAUGGCGCAAGAUCUGAAGGUGUUGGGGCGGCCGCCUAACCUUGACAAGCAUAAUCUAGACGUUGUCCAGGCCGCUCGGAAGGAAUUAGACCGGAUUGGCGAAUUCGCUGUGGUUUCAGCUGCGGGGGAUACCAUCGCCAAUAACCGUUUCUUCAAGCUGCCCAGCGGGGCACGCUUCAGCGACCUUAUGGAUGGUGGGUUGUCGGCGGACGUUGCAUUCUGGGACGCACGCCUUGCUAGGCAGGAGGCCAAGCUGCAACAUGAGCUCGAGGAUGAUUGGUGA